AUGUUUGGAUGUAUUGUAGCAGGAAGAUUGAUUCAAACAAACCUUCAACAAGUGGAUGUGAAUAAGUAUAUAUUUGAAUUACCAGAUGCAGCAAGUAUAAAUCAUAUUGUGGUAUUUUUACUUGGUACAAUUCCAUUUGAUCCAGGUUAUGCAGCAACAGUACACUUUUUAUGGCCAGGUAGUGAAGGUGGUUGGAAGUUGUUGGGGAUGCUAUCAAAUGAAAAACCUAGUGCAAUUUUUAGACUUCUAACAGCAACUUUAGGAAUAGCUAUUGAACCUAUUUCAGUAGUAGAAGCUGAACUUGCAACUUUACCAUCAAGCAAUUCAUCAAACACAAUUUCUGCUACAAAUGGUACAAUACCAAAUUUUGAUCUUAUCAAUCAAAUUACUAUGAACAUACUAAAAAAUCUUUAUAAUUAUGUUACUUCAUUUGCUACAACUUCAAUUCCUUUUGGUUCUGAUGCUAUUGGAGCUGGUGAUUUUUUUUUGUCAUUAAAAUCAUUUCAAGAUUGGUAUGAUAGUUAUACUAGAAAAGUAAAGAUGGAUCCAAAUAAGGUAUUAAAAGGGGACAAUCCUAUGUAA